AUGAACAAUUCAACGCAUAAGCUACUUCCCGAUGUUCCUGAUGACUACAUAAGUGACAUUAAAAUCUUUGAAAAUAAAAUAUUAGUCACUGCCUGGGAUGGUACGUUGUCAGUCUAUGAAGUCAAUAACGAGAGUACAGAAGUGACUCUUUCAAGCAGAGUGACACAUAAUUUUCCUCUGUUAACAUCCUGUAUGAUCGAUUCGAUGAUUUACGUUGGUAGCGUCCAAGGUGAACUGUUGAAGUACGAUCUCGAGAAAGGUGCACUUAACCAAUUGUUUAACAAUGAUGACGACAAUCAAAUAGCACAGUUAGGCAUCUGUAAAAUGUUCCAGUGCAAGGACAGAUGUCUACUAGCUGCAUCAUGGGACGGUAUACUGCAGUUUAUAAAUACCGAGACAUAUCAACUGAUAAAAGUGAUACGGUUGGCAGUAAAUGUAAAAGUUCUGACAAUGGAUUGUGACGGUGAACAAAUAGUAAUUGUCACUACGGGUAAUAAAAUUAGAUGGUUGAAGAAUUUAUUCGAUGAAUCUAGCCAAGAUGUCGAAAUCCAGUCUCCAUUGAAAUUUCAAAUUAGAGAUAUAAAAUUGACGACAAAUGGUACCGGCUAUGUCGUGAGUAGUAUUGAUGGACGUGUUGCAGUGGAAUAUUUCGAAGACCAAUCGAAACAAUUUGCAUUCCGUUGUCACAGAAUGAAUUUGACAGAUACCCAAUUUGUGUUCCCAGUGAACACACUAGCAUUCCUGCCAAAAUCGAAUACUCUGUACACAGGUGGCUCCGACGGCUGUGUUUCCUGUUGGAGUCUGGAUACAAAGAGAAAGAUUAGACAAUAUGCAAGAUUUGACUCCAACAGUGUAGUCAAAUUAUGUUGUAGCGAAAAGGCUCUAGUGAUUGCUACGUCGGAUGAUUCAUUCAAGACAAAUGCUACUGUCACGAGUGACAUAGAAUUACAAUCAAGUAAUAUAUACAUAGACUUCUUUUAA